CAAAAGCGUCAUUCGAUUGGUUGGAUUAUUCAUUCAAUCUUGAGAACUCAAGUCAGUAAUAUUACGCAUCGUUCUUCAGAGCAAGAGAGAAAUAUAGUUUUAGUGAUUCUAUAAUACGUUGCCGACAACGAACUCGAAACACGUGAUCAAUUUAAUAAUGUCUAGCGAUAAUAAAAUACAAAGCUGUUCGGAUGGAAUUUCGAGAUUGAUGAUUGAUGAUACUGUUAAAAUAGUGAGACAAAGACGAAGUAAAGGUGAAACACGAGGGCAACGAGGAACAGGAUUAACGCACGAAUGUGGAGUUUUUGGAUGUAUUGCCGCUGGUGAUUGGCCAUCAACUAUUGAUGUUGGUCAAGUUAUUUGUCUCGGUUUGGUGGCACUACAGCACAGAGGACAAGAAAGUGCAGGAAUUGUAACAAGCGAGGGUGUUUGUGCAAAAUCAUUUCACGUUCAUAAAGGAAUGGGAAUGAUAAAUAAUAUUUUCAACGAUGAUAGUAUGAAAAAAUUGCGCGGCAAUUUGGGAAUUGGUCAUACAAGAUACAGUACAAGUGCAGCUAGCGAAGAAGUAAAUUGCCAACCAUUUGUUGUUCAUACAGCACAUGGUGCAUUGGCGGUUGCACACAAUGGUGAACUCGUUAAUACUGAAUCAUUGAGAAAAAUGGUUCUUGGCCGAGGUGUUGGACUCUCAACACAUUCAGAUUCUGAAUUAAUAACACAAGCAUUGUGUUUAAAUCCACCUGAGGGUGAAUUAAAUGGACCCGAUUGGCCAGCAAGAAUUAAACAUUUAAUGCAAUUGGCACCACUCUCUUAUUCACUUGUUAUAAUGCAAAGAGAUAAAAUUUAUGGUGUACGCGAUCCCUAUGGAAAUCGACCACUUUGUUUGGGAAAAAUUGUACCCGUUGGAAAUUUGGGAAACGAUUCCGAUGAGGAAAAUGAUGCUGAAGGUUGGGUUAUAUCAUCAGAAUCGUGUGGUUUUCUCAGUAUCGGUGCAAGAUACGUUCGAGAAGUAUUUCCAGGUGAAAUUGUUGAAUUAACACGAGAAGGUAUCAAGACAAUUGAUAUUGUCGAUAGGCCAAACAAAAAACCGCAAGCAUUUUGCAUUUUUGAAUAUGUUUAUUUUGCCCGAAGUGAUAGUAUUUUCGAAGGACAAAUGGUCUAUUCAGUUCGAAUGCAAUGCGGAAGAGUUUUGGCUUUAGAAUCGCCAGUGGAAGCUGAUAUUGUUAGUUCUGUUCCUGAAUCAGGAACAGCCGCAGCACACGGUUAUGCAAGACAGUCACAAAUUCCUUUUGCCGAGGUACUUUGUAAAAAUCGUUACGUUGGCAGAACAUUUAUUCAGCCAAGUACACGAUUAAGAAAAUUGGGUGUGGCAAAAAAAUUUGGCGCCCUAUCGGAAAAUGUCAAAGGGAAAAAAUUAAUUUUAAUCGAUGACUCAAUUGUACGUGGCAAUACAAUUGGACCAAUUAUUAAAUUACUCAAAGACGCUGGCGCCAAGGAAGUUCAUAUAAGAAUUGCUUCGCCACCUUUAAAAUAUCCCUGCUAUAUGGGAAUAAAUAUUCCAACGAGGGAGGAAUUAAUAGCUAAUAAAUUGGACAGUGUAAAAUUAGCGAAACACGUUGGCGCUGAUAGUUUAACGUACCUUUCAGUCGAGGGUCUCGUUGAAGCUGUCAGACACGGGAUGGAUAAUCGUGAAAGCAGUUAUAUUGGUCAUUGUACUGCUUGUUUAACUGGCGAAUAUCCCGAUGAAUUACCAGGCGAUUUGGGUUGGUGAGAAUAAUAACAAAAAAAAAAAAGGCACAGGAAUUCUUCGAUUGUCCAUCAAAAUUCCUAAUUAGAAAAGAAAAAAAUUCAUUACGUAAUAGUCUUUAUAAUGAAAAAAAAAAUGUAAUUAGUACUUUUUCUUUUACUAUAUUGAGAAU